ACCACUUGAAGCGCAACCACCAACAACAAUGGAGCCCCAAGACCAGUACAUCGGGUUGGCCACACCUUCACUGCAACCAGACACUGCUGGUGUCCACCAUCGCCGCACUGACUUCCCCAUCCAAACGGACCCGCUGCAAGAUGACAAGGCUUCGGAGAUCAAGCUGCUCAGUACGGCUCGUCCUCACAUGCGAGCCUUCCACUACGCCUGGUUAUCUUUCUUCUUCGCUUUCUUCGGCUGGUUCUCCAUUCCUCCUCUGAUGCCCACUAUAAAGAAACAACUCGGACUAACUGCCGACCAAGUUUCCAACUCCAACAUUGUGUCGGUGGCAAGCACCAUUCUAGGACGAGCUGUCGGAGGUCCAAUGUGCGACCGCUACGGCUCUCGAACGGUACAGGCAGUGUUGUUGGUUGUCGGAGCUAUCCCGGUGGCUUCCGCUUCACUCGUGACGAGUUACACUGGCCUCAUGUUCGCUCGGUUCUUUAUCGGUCUCGUCGGCUGCUCCUUUAUUGCUACAACAUACUGGACCUCCACUAUGUUUACUAAAGAAGUCGUGGGUAGUGCUAACGCCCUCGCUGCUGGAUGGGGAAAUCUGGGUGCUGGGGCUACCACCUUGAUCACACCUCAGCUUUUCAGCCUGGUCACAACGGGUGGAGCUCUAUCCGACAACAUGGGCUGGCGCGUCGCUCUCCUUUUCCCGGCAAUCUUUAUGGUAAUCGUUGGUGUUGCUCUCUACUUUAAUUCAGAUGACUGUCCACAGGGACAAUACAAGGAUAUCCGUAAAAACUUCUCACUCAACACGGCAGCGACGAAACCUGCUAUUGACAUGAAGCAGGGUCUACUCCGUGUAGCCAAGAUGCCGGUCACCUGGAUCCUGGCUUUCCACUAUGCGUGUUCCUUCGGUGUCGAACUUCAGGUACACAACGUGCUUACUGAGUACUACUAUGAGGACUUUACGCACCCGAACUGCGACCCUGAGACCGAUAUGAACGAGUGCCGUCGUCUGACCCAAAGUCGUGCCACACUCAUCUCGUCACUCUUUGGCUUGAUGUGCAUCUUCGCGCGCGCACUGGGCGGGUAUCUCUCGGACGUGGCAAACCGUCGCUGCGGGAUGAAAGGCCGAAUCGGAGUGCAGUUUAUCUCCUUUGUCGGCCAGGCAGUCUUCUUGUACUUGUUCAGCACAACGAAGGGUCUUUCGACAAGCAUUCCUCUCUUGGUCUUCUUCGGCAUCUUCGUGCAGGCAUGCACCGGCAGCACAUACGGUAUCGUACCAUACGUCUUGCCUGCCUUCACGGGCGCCACAUCAGGUAUUGUUGGUGCGGGAGGCAACAUCGGCGCUUUGUGUUGGAGUUUGAUGUUCAAGGGGAUCGGCAACCGCGGGACGUCCUUCAAAUACUUGAGUAUCUUUGUUGCCGCAGCAGCGUUAACCACUUUCGGCAUCAAGGUACCCGGCAAUGCAGCUCUCUGGGAGAAAGAUGACUCGGUCCAUGGAGGAUUAGCACCCACGGAGGUCGGCGAUGACAGCGUCCACAACAACAAGCAAGUAGUAUAAGGUAUCUCCAGUUGAUGUUAUUCUCUUCACGCCGUCUGAUUGGUUUAUGCGAAACACAACAUUAUUCUUCAGUUGGUACAAUAUUUGUCAACCUU